CUGCCGCAAAUAUGCGGCUACUGUCUCUUUAAGAGUCAUGUUCGUCUGAGCGCACUCGGCCAUUUCCGUGAGCAGCCAGCCGGCGGUGUCACUCAACAGCCGAGAAGACUUCAAAUCACUCUGAGCACACAUCAGACUACUGGACGGGGAUAAUUUUGGUUAGAGAAAGUGUAUUGCUGUUCUUCCGAUGAUCAGCCAUGGAGGACGAUGACAGCCAAGAUGAGCUGAUUAACCGAAGUGCAUCCCACAGUAAAGGAAAAAGGGCUGUGCUGUGGAACAUCUCAGAUGACUCUGAUGAUGUUCAAGAGGAAUCUGAUGAAGGAGAGUCUGCCAGUGGCGAAGAAGAUGAGGAUCAUCUAGAUGGAGAUGAUGAUGAUGAGGAGGAGGAAGAGGAAGAAGGCGGAAAUGAAGAGGAGGACGAAGCCACAGAAGAGGAAGAAGAUGUUAAAACAACGGAUGGAGCUUUUGGGGAAACCUCUGCUGAUCUUGCAGGGAUGAGCUCAGAUGAGGACUCGGAUAAGUGUCCCAUCUGCCUCAACUCUUUUGGCAGCCAGCCUGUUGCAACACCAGAAAGCUGUCAGCACUACUUCUGUCUUGACUGCAUCCUUGAAUGGGCCAAGAAUGCAAACUCGUGUCCUGUAGACCGUAUUGCCUUCAACAAUAUAUACCUAAGAAAAUCUUAUGGAGGCAAAGUAAAGAAAAUGAUCACAGUACAAAAGCCUGUAAAGGAAGGUAAAGAGGAAGCUGUAGAUGUGAAUCUGGAGCAGACGAACUGUGAAGUGUGUGGGGGCAGUGACCAUGAGGACCGCCUCUUGCUAUGCGAUGGCUGUGAUGCUGGGUAUCACAUGGAGUGCCUCACCCCACCUCUUGACUCUGUUCCUGUAGAAGAAUGGUUUUGCCCUCAGUGCGAACUCAACAACAGUUCCUCAAGGGGUUCAGCUGAAGAACAUGAUGAUGCAGAAAGCCUACCUUCUACUGCCCGUUCUUCCAUCAGUCGUUCUCAGUCCCGUGCUGCAGGUCCCACCAGAGCUAUCGCCCGAACGCAGCAGAGUGAGAGGGUUCGAGCAAAUGUCAACAGACAUCGCAUCACACAGGCACGCACAUCACAGCUGGCUCCCACGUACCUUAUACAGUCAACUUGGCUGGAUGAUACCAUAAAUGCUGUAGUGGCUGGGCUCAACACGUCUGUGUAUAUACGGGAUUUCACUCCUCGCGUCCCAUCUAGCCACAGGCGCAAGACCAGAAAGCGCCGGCAGACUAAUGGCAAAGUGACCUCUUCUUCUAAGGGUCAAAGAAGUAAAGCCCCUAGUAAAGGUGGCAGGAGGAGGAGGCGGGGAGUAAGAAGGACUAAAUCCAGACAAAAACAGAUGCUGAAAAAGACAGCAACUCCUAAAAGCCGCAUUGCUAAUAGUCUUGGAAUAGUUAAGGACAAAAAGGGCUCUUCACUCCCCACAGUAUACCGGCCUUCAGAACAAACACUAAGCAGCAUGCGUGCUGACAUAGGUGCUGCGUCUCUGUCUAUCUACGGAGAUCCAUUUGAUCUGGAUCCUUUUGUGGAUCGGGAGGAUGGUGAGCAGCGAACCCAUGUUACAUCAUUGCUGGAGGCCAAGAGGCGAGGGAUUUCUCGCUCUGCUCUUCGCUCUCACCAGCCUGUAGCCCGGCCAGUUGCUGCAGGUCUUUCCAGGAGGGGUGAAGUCCCGCGAUCGAGGGUCGUUGUGGAGGCAGCUCCUGUGCCUGACCUGCUCGGAAGCAUUCUAUCAGGACAGAGCGUCCUCUUAAUGGACAGCUCUGAUGUUGUCAUUAAUAGAGAUGGUUCCCUUAAAGCAACUAAGCCAAUGAUGCCAUCCACACUAGAUCUAGGUGGCAGCAGUAGUGUCUCAGGAGAUGCAAGCACUAACAUCAACCCAGGGAUCAUGCAGAGCCUUGAAGAGAGUUCACCGUCUCAUCACUAUAAUGGAGACCUGCCAGAAUUCUCCCAUAACUCAACAGACAGACUCUGGACUCAGAACUCUGAUCACUUACCAUCUUUUAUGGCCUCAACUAGCCACACCCAACCCCUUUCCCAGUCUUCUUCACUGCCUAGAGGUCGUCGGAAUUUGCUGCCACCUCGUCCAGACAGACCCACACCCUUUCCAGGACAUAGGGGAAUGAGUGAUGGGUCACCGCAAAUAGAUAUCUUGUGCUCCUCCAUGCAGCCAGUCACAAACUCUUCAAGCUCUAAAAUCAAAGGGUUGUCUUCAUCACAGUCCCAACCUAAAAAAACACCCAUAAAACCAAUGUGGCUAGAUGUAUCAGUGCUCCCUAGAAUACCAAAAAUCAAAAGAGAGAGCAGUGGUUUCACAAAUGAGGACACUAAUCAAGGUAGCACUAAUACAAUUAAUGGUAGCAGAGGAAGUAGUGAUACGUCUACCACUGAUAGCAAUGGUUACCCUGUAACCAGUAUGGUCGGCCUUGCUGGGGACAAAAGUAGGCAGCAAAGUGUCGACCGUCAAAAGGGCACAACGGGGCACUCCCAGAGGCAUCGGCCGGAUGGGGCGGCCUCGUCAUCCUUCUCCAGUUCAUUCUCCUCCUCAUCCUCCACCAACUAUCCUGCCAAUCAGCCACAUUAUUCCUCCUCUUCCUCAGCUGUGAGCUUCCGCAUUAACUCUAGUGGGAAUUCCUGGCAUUCCAGGCGGCUAAGCAUCCCAUCAUUCUCUGCUAGUGGAGCCAGCACGCAAGAACACUGGAGAGAUAAGGAGGAGCAAGCAAAAAAGAGACAGUUGCACAAGGAUAAACAGAUGCUGCUGGCAUCGCGUACAACGGUUAAUAAGGAACAAGACAGUAAUAAUAUUUAUGAUCCCUUUAAUCCCACUCUGUCAGACUCAAGCAGCUCAGAUAAUGAAGCUGAGAGCUCAAGCCUGGAUAGAAGUUCUCACCAUGGAACACAUAAGGAAAAAGCCAGUUUAGGAGAUAAAAAAAAGGAUGCUGUAGUGCAACGCAAGCAGGUGAAAAGUGAACCCCAAGAGAUGGCGGAUGAACCAAAGACAGACGGUGCUCAGGAAUCCACAUCACAAGAGAUUAUAGGCACAGCAGAAAAAAAUGAAUUAGUAGACACAAAAGCUGAGAAAAAGAAACAUGUACUUAAAAUUAAGAAAGAGCCAGGAUUGGAUGAUGCAGGAGAAAGUGAAAAGAGUUGUCAAACUUCUCAAUCCAGUUUCCAUCUUUUCAAGACAGAGACUCCAGAGAGUGAGCAGAGUAUUAGAUCUCCCAACACGGUUCACCGUGGUGGUAAAAAUGGUUCGUUCACAUUAAGCACAUCUCCCAAAAAGAUAAAGUCAGAAACAAAGUCUGGUUCGGCAUUGUGUUCUCCAUCCCCAUCAACAGAUUUGAGUAAUCAGAGGAAGAUUUCCAAGACAUCAAAGGAGCAAUGCUCUAGUAGUUCAGAGACAGAACGAGGAAGGAAAGGAGACCGUAUGGCCUCCAGCCAGAGAAACAGGCAGACAGAAAAGGUGAAGGACAAAAAAGAAAGGUACAGGCAGUCAGGUUCUAGAGAACAGAGGAGGGCACGGUCCGCCUCGGAAAGUUCUGCUUCCAGUUCUCCUGAGAGAAGUCGCAGAAAGAGACAACGGUCCCGAUCACAAUCCAAAGACAGAAGGUCCAGGUCUGUUUCGAGCUGUAGCAGUGGGGAGCAUUCAAAAAAGAAAAAGCAUAAACAAAGAAGCAAGGAAAAAACUGAUGAAAGAGACCGAAGAGACCAUGAAAGAGGACUGGUGUCAAAGGACAGGAAACGAGCUCGAUCCCGAUCAACGUCUGCGUCAAAGUCACCUUCCAGGUCUAGAUCACGGUCAAAGGAGCGCAAAAAUAAGCAAUGUUCAAAAUCACCCCCCAGAUCGUGGGAAAGGAGGAAAGACAAGGAGGAAUCACUGUCAAAAGAUAAAAGAAAACACAGGCCAGGCUCAAGAGACGGGAGGAAAGAUGACGCAUCAUCCAGGAGUUCACAGAAAACAUCUUUUUCAUCCUCUAAAAACACAAAGCAGUUACAACACAAGAAAAAGGAGGAUUGCGUUCAAAGCUCAAGAAAAGAACAAGUGUUUGACAAAAUGAAGAAACCGUCAUCCUCUACUUCCUCGUCUAAAGGUGAAAAGGAAAGCAAAGACCUGAGGACAAGCAGUCAGCUCACAGCAUCAAGUACAAGAGACAUGGGAGUUUUAAAAAAAAUCAAAAAAGAAAAGCAUCCACCUGUGGAUAUGUUUGACUUCCUUAUUACUGAGCCACUUAAGGAACAAGAACAAAUGGACUUGUCUUCUGUGGCUAUAACUAAAUGCACAGAUGAGGAGGAAAUCAAAGAAGAAUCCAUCAAGACUGUUCUAUGUGACAUUAAGAGUGAGAUGUUGGAAAUCACCCCAAUAAAAUCAGAGCCAGGUUCUCCAGAAUUGUGCCAGUUACCCACUGGAACCUCAUUUUCUAAAUUGACCACACUUGUCGAUGUCAAACCUCAGGGUGUGGUCUCCCAGUUUCAGCCAGGGUCAGAGUUCUCUGCAGAAAAUGCUGAAACUGCAGCGCUCACUGUGUCUACAAAGCAAGAAGCUCAACCACCCUCAGAUUCUGAUGAGGACUUCAAUGUCGAUGUGAUGCUUGACAGCUUGGACUAUGUGAAGUCUGAGGCCACUAAGGGGAGCGAGACAUGUGUCAAAAAUGAGAAAGGAGGAGCAGAGGAGAAGAUUGAAGAAGAUCUGGUCUCUGCUGUAGUGGAAGCCAAAUCCAAGGCUCCAGUGAAGAGGGUUACUUGGAAUAUACAGGAGCCUGAGGGACCUCAACCAGCAAAAUCUGCAAGCAAGGUGGCUCUGUAUAAAUUAAAGCUGAAGCAGGAAGGAGUCCGCAGACCCUCUCCGACAGUCCAGACGUCCACUCAGGACUUCACCAGUGAUAGGGAUGAGACCUCCACAUCCUCCGGACUUGAUGUUCAACAGCUUGAAGGCUCACCAGCCACUGGGCAGGCAGAGGAUGGGGAUUUGUUGAAGAAAGACCAGCAGUAUUUGAAAAAGCUCCACAUGCAGGAGAGGGCCAUAGAGGAAGUGAAGCUAGCAAUCAAGCCUUUCUACCAAAGACGAGACAUUAACAAGGAUGAAUACAAAGAGAUUCUGCGCAAGGCUGUGCAUAAGGUCUGCCACAGCAAGAGUGGGGAGAUCAACCCAGUGAAAGUGGGAAAUCUGGUGAAGGCGUAUGUGGAUAAAUACAAACAUGCAAGGAAACACAGAAAAGGAGACGACGUAGGGAAGGCAGCAGACGUACCAACUGACGCAGCCCAGGACGAGGCUUGAAUCACAGGCGGGCACAGCCACACCUACACGCGAUCUGAUGGUAAAACUGGCUUCUUUCGUGUCAAAUUUCUCCGACAGCUUCAAGGCGCAUUCUUUUCGAGAUUUCUAUCUUAAUGGAAUGUUGAGGAUACACUUUUUCCACUUGAACAGCACCUAUUGAUGUCUUAUGCUUGGACAGUCGCUGCCAAGAACUGGUCCUUUUUGUUCUCAGAAACCAAUAGAACACUAAGGGGUUAUGCCUUAAAGAGGCAAAUCUCAAAGACCCUCACAUGGAGCGAUUCAUCAGGUAGCUCUCUCCACAGACAUAUCACUAGAAGGGUGCAGCUGGGACUUUUAAAGAAGUUUUUUAUGACUUCUUUUGGGAGGAUGGGGUAUUUAUGGGCAGCAAAACUCAUUUUGUUGGAAAGGAAGUGGUAUAAAAGUAUGUAUAAUAGGAUGUUCAUCACAUUAAACAAAGGCACUGUUAUGCAAUUUUGUAGAGAAAUUAUCAGUAGAAUACAAGUUUUAGAUUUGGUUGUAAAUAAAAUAGAUUUGAUAUAUCCAAAUACUGUAGAUGUUCAUCUGUCUUGUGAAUGGCUGACAAGUAGUUUGUAGAGUUAAUUGGUUCGAUGUUUUGUAUUUGGAAGUCUGUUUUCUGUCUUCCACAUCCCUAAUAAUUUAGUUUAAUAAACUAAGUUCAUCGUAAAUUCUUACUGUUGUUUGAAUUAAUUAAUAGAAUCACACUCCUCUUCAGGCAUAUUUGGUUUAUGUUGAGAUCGAGUCUUUGAAUCUCACCACUGAGAUUCAGAAAGUCUGGUUUUAGAACCAGGAAUCUUGUUUUUUGACAAAUUUGUCUAAAUUAAAAUAAAAAAUGCACUGUUUUCUUGACAAAGUGAUUUCCUUUGUUUAUGCACCGAAAAUAAUAAUAAUAGAUCUCAGCAGCUGAGUUGCAAACCUUAGGUAAUUUUACUGGAAUAACUGGCGCUCAUGUUUUUCUGAGAUCCAUUUAUAGUCUGUACAUUUAGCAAAAACCUAAGUGUCUUAUGCAGCAGUGUUUAUCUCAGUACAAGAAAAUUACAUGUCUCUAUUCAGGAACAUUAAAGUAACUGUUUCCAUGGUAACGUCCCAGUGCCUGCAGUAUUUGAUUGCAGCUUUAUAUUCAUAGCUUGUGUCUUAAUCUUGGUAAUGCCCUUUUAUUGUGUGUCAUUUAAGUCAAUGAAAUCUACUAUCUGCUAGUUUAUGUUGUCAUCUUGACUUUAUUUGGUUUUCUUGUCUUUGAACAGAUUAAACUUGACUUUGUAGAGCUAGUGACACUAAACAGUCCAAAAACACAUUCUUGGGUUUAUCUGAGUGUCCUUUUGCAUUUUGUUCAUGAAGCAAACCAGUGGGUUCACAAUAAUAAUAAUAAUAAUAAUAAUAAUAAUAAUAAUAAUAAUAAUAAUAAUAAUAAUAAUAAUAAUGUUUUUUUUCUACACUAAUUUUUAUCCUAUUGUGCUGCCACCAGUGAAACAACUUCCAAUUCAUUUGUAUUUUCAUUUCAGGAUCAAUGUUUUAAUAAAAGCUUUUAGUUUUUGUCUUUG